AUGGCAUCAAUCGACGAGGAAGGCCAUCUCCGAGAAGUGUAUUAUUUAACAAACCCCGAAACAAAAAAUUGGCGUUCUUUAUUAAAAUAUGGUGAAGAUUUGAAUGCAGAAAUACGACGAAAAUUAUUAUGGAUAUGGCCAACGGAAAAAUCGUUAUGGCAAUUUGGCAAAAUAUUACGUGAAUUCAAUAUUGGUUGUCUGCUCAGCAUUGGAUGUGGCAAUGGAUUAUUUGAGUGGAUAAUACGAGAAAGUUUAAAUGUGGAGAUUUAUGGCUUGGAAGUGGAUCGCGAUUGGUGGUGCAGUAAUUAUGCCAUAAAGUCAUUUAUUGAAUUAAAUUAUGUGGAUAAUAUGGAUGUGACCAAGGAGGAAUAUUUGAGAACAUGUUGCCUGAGGGAUAGUUGGAAUUUUGCAUUGCUAUUUUGUUAUUUUAAUAAUCGCCCGGCAUUUUUACAAUAUCUGAAAUUAUAUAAAGGUAGAUGGAUAUGUAUAAUUGGUCCCUUGGAAAAACGUAAUGUUUAUACGGAUCCAUUGCCUUUGGAACCGAAUUUUCCUGUGGAAGACAAUGUGACGACGUGGAAGCUUAAGGCUUCAUUAAAAAUGGGAGAGAAUGAUAUUAUGGCCUUUUAUGAAAAACAAAUCGAUUAG